AUGGAGAAAAUAUUACGUGACACUAUGGUCAAUCAUUUAGUCGAACAUAGCCUUAUUUCAAAAAAUCAACAUGGUUUUGUCAAUAAAAAAGCUUGUGUGACUAAUUUGUUGGAGUCAAUUGACAUGAUGUCAAAAGCAUUAUCUGACAAGAUAUCUAUGGGCGUAGCUUUUACAGAUUUCAGUAAAGCAUUCGACAUGGUUCCCUACAAGAGACUAAUUUACAAAUUUGAGGCAUAUGGUUUUACUGAAAAUCUCCUGAAUUGGAUAAAAUCGUUUUUACACCAGCGUUUUCAACGAAUCGUGAUGGACGAUUAA